UCCACUUCAGUUCUUCGAUAUAUGAACUAAAAAGCAGAGAAAAGAAACAAGCGGGGCGACAAGAAGGUUCUCGGACCAGCUUGUGUGCACUACAGAAAUUUCAGGUUGAGCAGGCGAAGUUGGCAGAUUAGAGCUGUAGAAAAAAGCGAGGCAUAAAAGGAGAAAGAAGUUUUCACCGACGACAAAAGAGCAAUGUCCGUCCUCUCUUCGAGUCCAGCCGCUUCCGACAAAUUCACGUGGAAACAGUGGCGCAUCUUGAUAGCACUUGGCCUCCUCCACCUCUCCCGGGCCAUGGGAAAAUCACUCCAGGCGCCGCUUUACCCACCUGAGGCCAUCUCCAAAGGCGUGUCGCCGGCAAGCAUCGGAGCGAUUUUUUCCAUAUACGAGUUGACUGUUUUUCUCAUAUGUCCAUUUUUAGCUAAAAUUAUCAACAGGAUGGGAUACACGAUGUCCAUUCACUUGGGAAUGCUGCUGACAGGCAUGUGCUACAUUUCAAUAGGGCUGCUUGACCUGGCCACAUCGGCGGACACUUUUCUGUGGGUCAGUUUGACAACCAGGAUGGUCGAGGCAGUCGGCACCGCCAUUGUCUACAUGAGUGUGUUUGCCGUGGUGCUCGCCUCUUUUCCUAACUCGGUCGCCUGCACUUACACUAUUAUCGAGUUCUGUUAUGGUUGUGGCUCUAUAAUUGGUCCAGUAGCGGGCUCCAUUCUACUUCAGGACACCAAUUUUAUGGUGCCAUUUGUGUCAGUCGGCGCUCUAAUGUUGUUAGUCAGCUAUCUCGCACCAUGUCUGCUUCCACAAGGUCUGGUUUCGAGCUCGGCCCUAGGCAGAGAGACGGAUAAAAUGAACUUCGCUAGCGUGGUGAGCUCGUUGCGAAUAACUGCCGUCCAAGUGAAUAUGGUGUGCAUCGCGGUCACCACCUCGGUUUACAGCUUUUACGCUCCGGUGCUCCAACCGCAUCUUCUAAAGUUUCAGCUAAGCCCUCUGGAAAUCAGCGUGACUUUCGUGCUGAUGUUUGGCACGGCAAUGGUUGCGAUGCCGAUCGCAGGCCAGAUCAGCGAUAAGUUUGUUCCCGGCCUUCUGCUCACCGCUAUCGGUUUGGUGGCGAUCUUUUUCGGCUCCAUGUUCAUCGGCCCUGCUCCUUUCGUGCACGUAAAAGUAAUCUGGCCCGCAUGUGCCGCAGGCUUGGUAGUAGCGGGCCUCGGAAUGGCCUGCGUUUUAGGUGGCUGCUUUGUGGAUGGAAUUAGCGCCCUCAUUGAGCACGGCUACGACGACGAUCUCGAGACUUUUGGCCUGAUGACGGCGCUCUUCUCGGCUAGCUACAGCCUCGGCAGCUUUGUCGGCCCCUUCGUGUCCGGACUGCUGUACAACUCGCUCGGCUUUAGGGCGUCCACCUAUUUCGUGCUGCUGUCGACUCUGUUCGCGUUGGUCACCAUCCUGGCUUACGUCAUAGUAGGCGCCGUCGAAAAGCCGCCGACAGCUCCUGAGCCGGGCAAGGAAGUGUCUUGCGAGAGUGAGAGAAACGGGAAAAAACCGGCGAAGGAAAAUCCGCUAGACAUUGGAAUUGACUGUAUUUAUGGCAGUGCUCAACUAUUCUACUGAUAAUGAUAAAUAAUAAUAAUAUCUUUAUUGUCUUUUGGCGAGGUGAUAUUCCUGCAUUCUUAAUAAAGUCAAAAUUAAUUAAUGAGCAUUCAUUCUAACGGGUCACAAAGUGAUAUUUAUUUUCCUAAAUAACUUUUUGUGACUUUCAUAUUUCGUUGUUUGAACUUCAAAAAUUAAACUUGAUGUAAACAAUUAAUAGCAACUCUUUAGGCUACACUAAAAGCAUUUUAGAGCGUGUCAUACUGUUUUGAUCGCACAUAGCUAGAUCUGGCGAAUGCUUGGCUGCCCUCGCAAGCUGACAACUGCCACGUUACUGUGUCAAUCGAACGGCAUGAAACUCCGUCUGAAGGGAACACAAACUCCAUCAGACGCAACGCUAUCCUUUAUUCUUUACUCAAAGAAGAAUUAUAUUUAGCAGAAGUGCUGAAAUACAUGCUGUCAUUACUCAUCCCUCUUCAAGUCUGACAUAAUUUCCUCUUGUUUGCCUUCAUAGCUUCAGUUUGUUCCGGUAAUUGGCAAGAGAAAAGCUCGGCAUUCCACAAUUGCACUGAUUGUUCCAUCUGAAUUUGUGACAGCUAGGAAAAUAUAUGCUUGUAAGGAUUGAGACCAUAAUACAUAUUGCUUAAUAAGCGCAGAGUGUAAACUGUUAAUAAUCUGUUUAUAGUAGAGGAAAGCUUUACAACCGAUUGUUUUGUACUCGCGUUAUUGUUGAAUGUGAAAUACAAAUUAUACAUACGUGCAAAUUAUUAAUUCCGUUUCACAUUUGAAUCAGCAGAGAACGCCUCAUGAUUGAAACAGCUCAACCACUAAUGCAACAAAUUGUUUUAGUUAUGCAACCGGCCGGACUGUUGCGCAAAGCGCGUUGCAUAAUCUCUGAUGCUGUGAUCACUUGAUGGUUUGACUUGAUGGAUUUAUUUAUAAUUAUUAUUGAACUAAUUGAAGGGGAAUUCAUGCGAACACCAAGCAAAUACUCCAUUAACAAUAAGCUAGGGAGUAGUUUAUUUAGAAAAAAAUGUAUAAAUAAUUUUUUUAUCGCAUGGCAUUGCAGAUUUGAAAUAAUUUCGAUUUCUUGCGAGGAUCCAGCUCCAGCCAUUAUUUUCAACUGUCAAUUUUUAUAGAAUGAGGUAAUUUGUAAUAGCUAAAAACUAUCGCGAACCAGCAUGAGUAGUGGAAAUAACGUGAUUACUUAGAUUCUCCGAAGCGUAACAGUACAAGAAAAAUCGCUUUUCAUGCUUUUCCCAGUAUUUCCGCAAUCGAGUGGCUCUACGUGCUUGUUGGCAAGUGCAGCCGGCCGCGAUCCAAUUUCUUUCUUUGCGCCCGCGGAUGAAGGAUCAAAGGAGGCGGUGGUUAAUUACACAAAGUGAGCGCCGGCGUCAGUUCAAUCAAAGGCCAUUUGUGGUGGGAGCUCAACUGGUUUCGCCGUCGGCAGUGGUGUGCAGAGACCAAGCGAUUCAUUUAUUUAUUAUUCACAGUCUGGGCAGGGUGAAGUGAGCUCGAUUUCGCCCCCGACAACGUCAGGCGGGGUUAAUAGCGAAACUCGUAAAAAGGCGGCACGCUGGCGCAACGCGGGUUGUUAAGUGCAGAGGGACUGCUUAUCAACAAUGCAUUCAUUACUUUAUUAUUGCUGCUGCCCAUCAAGCAGUUGAGUGAUGUGAGCAAAUAAUCAGAGCCGACUUGAAAAAUGAAUCAAGCUGUGUGGGCCUUUUAUUUCCUUCGGGAGCUUUUACUGUGGCUUUUAUUGCCACACUGGCAAAGUAGGUGGUUGAUUAAAAUACUCCAUCAUGCAGAUUCUAUUGUUUACCAUUUUUUAGACUCUAUAUAGGCCUUGAAAUAAACCACUACAAAUUCCCAUAAUUUCAGAUUUAUCAUGAAAUAUAAGAGUUGUAUUAUUUUCGCCAUCUAUCAGUGUGACUGAGAAAUAUUUUUUCACAAUAGUCAAGCCAACAUUUAAAGAAUUUAUUUCCUUGUACUGACAUCCACUUUAUUCAUGAUAAGUGUUACCAAACGUUUUGCUUUUGCACCACGCACGACUGCAACACAUACGCAGAUUAGCAAACAGAUGUUGGCGGGGCUGAAUUAAUUGGAAGUGAUUAGUCCGGUUAUUAUCA